UGUACCAGAACAUGCUGUUGCAGACCUCCACUCAUCUCCUGUAAGAAACAUUUGCGCCGCAUGUUGUGCGCUUCUACCGUCCUUUCCGUGUGGUGAAACCUCGUAUCCUCCAUCUCAACUGGACUGAUUGUUCUCCUGCGCCUCGAGUAUCUUCAUUUACCAACGAUCUCGGUCGAGCCUCUAUCCACGGAUCUAACAUCACCAUGGUUCUUCGCAAACAAUACCCUUCUCGGGACUACGACACCUUCUCAGAGCAUGCCGAAGGGCAGACACCCCGAACUUCAGACAAGUCAAGAUCGGCAGCUGCAGAGGCUCAAAGGCUGGGUUCAAUGGGCUCAUGGGCCGACAACUUCGCGGGUGAUACGCCUGCCACAAACCUUACACCUACAGCAUCGACUGUCGAUGGCAACGAAGUGAGAGACGUACCAUACCCACAGCUAGCACAUGAACUCGAUCCGUCGGAUCCGCCACCCCAAUAUACCCCCUCCGACUCUACUGCAGUGCAUACACCUACAACACCUUCGUCUCCGUUGGGCACCAGAUAUAUACCGCCACAAGCAGUGACAAAAGACCGAUCGCAAUAUCCCGUCCUCUCACCCGAACCUGCGACGCCUUCGUGGCCACCUUUUCCCAAGCGAGAGCAUCGCGAGCAUGAGACGUUUCGCUCAAUUUCAGGGACGUACGAGCUGUACGAUCUUCUGGACCUCUCCACUACUAGCGGCAGCAUCAGUAUCAAAGUAGAUGUUCAAGAAGGCGAGAAACCAGCAACGCUCCGCCUCUCUACCCUCGCAGGCAGCAUCAACGUUAGAUUCGUGACUGGUGGUGGGUUUUUGAGCAAGGCAACUUUGUCGCCGGCAGCGAGCACCAGAACACUGAACAUCGAGAUCUCAACGCACGCUGGCAGUAUCUCUGGCGAUUUGUUGCACGGCAAUGGAGGAUCAACUGUGCUUUCGAGUCAGGCUGGAUCUGUCAAUGUCAAAAUCAACACCGUUGGAGUGUCGGAGCUGGAUCCGCCCUCGAAGAUCUCCGUCUCAACAUGGUCCGGAAGCCAGAACGUCGAGGUGAGAGCGCCGUUUUCGUCCACCGAAGCGGUAAGAGCCAUUGAGGCGACACACCAAGUCACCUCAAGCGGUAGUAUGAACAUUAUCUAUCCUACGGAAUGGGAAGGUAUGGUCCAUGUGAAGCUGGGCGGCUCGGGUAGUGUGGGGGCCAGCGGCCGGGGGUUGGUGGUGCAGAAAGAGAGCUCGCGCGAGCUAUACGGCUAUAGAGGGAUGAAAGAGGGGAGGACAAUCGAAAUCUACGAGGAAGGAAGUGGGAGUGUGCACUUCCGAUGCUGAUUCAAUGCGGCUCUUUUGUUCGACCUUCUUUUCUGGGCUCAUACGACGAGACGCAUAUUAUGAUAUAAUAAUGGAAGCUGAAUCCCCAUUCCUGGAGGAAAUCUGGUUGGAGUAUAUAACGAGUGUCCUCACAUUUUGAGGGGAAGAGAAGCUUGAAUCU